UUAUCUCUCCUUUUACCUCCCGAAAGGCUUAAGGGCUUUAGCCAAUACCUACGCUUGCAGGUCUGUCAUUCCUCAACAAGUUCAGCCAGGAAUCACCAGCGUCAUCGUGUCUAAGACUACGGCUUUUGCUUCUGGAUCACUCACUGAGUCUGAGGAAGUGGGACUACAGCUCUAACAUCCACAUCAAAGCAAAAACACUUUCCUGUAGGAAUUAUGGGUGCCCAUGGAUCUAACCUGGAUGAAAUCCUGGCUGAGGAUAUGCACCACUGGUACAAUAAAUUUAUGAGGGAAUCCCCAUCAGGGCUCAUCACCCUCUUUGAGCUGAAGACCAUGCUACAAAUGCAAGGCAUGACUGAGGAGGCCAGCAGUUAUGUGGACCAGGUGUUCUAUACUUUCGACAUGGAUGGGGAUGGAUAUAUAGAUUUUGUAGAAUAUAUAGCAGCAGUUAGUCUUCUACUGAAAGGUACAAUCAACCAGAAACUUAAGUGGUACUUCAAGCUCUUUGAUCAAGAUGGAAAUGGGAAGAUUGACAAAGAGGAGAUGGAGACCAUAUUCAAGGCCAUACAGGACAUCACCCGUAGUUACGAAAUCCCACCAGAGGAGAUCGUCACACUCAUUUAUGAAAGGAUUGAUGUCAACAAUGAAGGUGAGCUGACUUUGGAGGAGUUCAUCACUGGAGCUAAGGACCAUCCUGACAUUAUGGAGAUGCUCACCAAGAUGAUGGAUCUAACUCAUGUUUUAGAGAUUAUAGUCAAUGGACAGAAAAAGCCUGGUCAGGCUUGAUUCUACAGUGCCAUGCAAUGGGCAAAAAUGUUGUUCCCCAUACAUGAAGAUCACCAAAUCACUAUUUAAGAAACAAAAAGAGAGCGGUUGAUGAGAGAAGAAAAUGGGGCUCCGUGACAUUUAUAAAUCCUGAGGGAGAAUGAAUGAGAAAUUGCCAGAGUGAUUGAUUCUUUUCUCGUCCUCUGUCUUUGUGCCUCCCGAGGUGGGAGUGACUUCUUGUCGCCCCCUCAGACAUACAGCUCCUCAGUUUGAAUUGGUUCAUCAAGUGAAAUGACCCCAGGAGUAGAAGAGAUGGACUCAGAUUAGAUGGAUUCUCCACUGUGGGUACUGAAGAAUUUCCUCAUGGAAAUUGUUUUCUGUAAUCUACUAUAGUGGCAUCUGGAGGGUUUCCAAAGCGUGCAGAAUUAUGACAGAGAUAUGCAGCUUUGUGUUUGUAAUGUGUUUCUAGAGGACUCUGAGUGUACAGCUGAAUUCUGGAACUUCAAGAUGACAACAGGACAGUCUGGAGUUUUAAGGCCUCGGUACACUUCUUGCAGAGACAACGUUCAACUGGCUUUGGGGAACAAUGUGAUGUAAUUGGGAGACAAUGAACACAUCGUGCACAAGGCAGCUGGACGAACUCCAUGGAUGAACAAACUACAUGACAAAGCCUGUGAUUGGUCGGUGUAAAAGAGGCUCUCACAUGACAAGCUAAAUACUCUAGCAGAGAGUAUGGAAGUGUGUAAGCUCGCAAAGGUGUUUCAGCUUUGCACAAUCUUCACUAGCUUCGUUUCACCGAAAGUAUACCGAGGCCUUUAUCCACUGUGCAAUAAUUCAUCAUCUAAAAAAUCUAGCCACUUACGACUAUUAAACUGACUAAAACAUGCCCAGUUUGUUUAAAAAAUGACAUUGAAACACCUGUUCAACAGGAUCUAUAGCAACAGAUUGUAGCAAAUAUUUUUCUUGAUGCACUAAUAUAGGUCUGCAUGUAUGAUUGUGUGUGUGUUUGUGUGAAUUGUGCUUGACCUCAUUUGUAGUCAGCUUAUAUAUAACUUCACAAGAAAAUGUAGGCCUACUGAUCUGUCAGAUUUUCCAAGAAAGUUUUAUGAAUUCUUUAAAAUGUCUCUAAUAACUGCCUUAAAUAAAUUUUAAUAUGCAAAA